AGUUUCUACGAUGCAAAGUGCAAUUUAGUGCCUGGAGGAUUAAACAUUCAGCAGGAAUGAUGGGCCUUCACAAGAAUAUCUUAACUAGCAGCCGCGGGAGCCUCUGGAAAGUGGACAAAGAGCUAGCAGCAAUGAAGCAGUUCAUGGACGAGAAUGGGAUGAGCUAUCGCGAUCCAGAUGAUGAAGAUUCAAGUGCAGAGAGCAGUCCUGGAGCUGAAAUUGCCGCGUUCGACGAUGAUGAUGACGGUGAUGGGAGCUCAGACACCGUUCCGUCCGACGAAUACGAUUCCGAGUAUGAAGUAUUGGGGGAUAAGCAGGGGGAUAAGCUUGAACUUGAGGAUGGGCGGUGCGAGGUUCCAAAUUCUGAUAGUGUUAUCAUGGAUUAGGAAAACGCGAUAUGUUCCUUCGUUCUAGCUUAAAUUUCAUUGUCAAGCAUUGCUGUCUGUCAAGAGAUUUGUCGUUUGUACUGUUAUCGUGCAUAUUCAUU